CCAGUUCAAACGCAAUUAGUCCACAGGCUGACUUAAUGGUACAUUUACCACAGAUACGUGAAGAUCAUGUUAAGUAUAUAUCUGAAUUGGCGCGUUAUACAAACGAAGUCACAACAACGGUUAAAGAAAAUCCGACUGAUGCAGAAAAUCGCGCUACAUCAGAUUUAGCACUACGUGGCUUACAGUUACUCUCAGAGUGGACAAGUGUAGUGACUGAAUUGUAUUCUUGGAAACUUUUGCAUCCUACCGACCAUCACCAAAAUAAAGAAUGUCCCGUAGAGGCAGAGGAAUAUGAACGUGCGACGCGCUACAACUACACUUCAGAAGAGAAAUUUGCACUGAUUGAAGUAAUAGCAAUGAUCAAAGGUUUACAGGUUCUUAUGGCACGCAUUGAAACAGUACUGUGUGAAGCUAUACGUCGAAAUAUAUAUUCAGAAUUACAGGAUUUUGUACAAGUUACACUGCGCGAACCCUUACGUAAAGCUGUCAAAAAUAAAAAAGAUCUUAUACGUAGUAUAAUAAUGUCAGUGCGUGAAACAUCAGCCGAUUGGCAGAAAGGUUACGAACCUACUGAUGAUCCCGCAGGAAAAGGCAAAAAAGAUCCCGAUGGCGGAUUUCGUAUACAUGUGCCACGUUUAAAUGUGGGUCCAUCAUCUACACAACUCUAUAUGGUGCGCACUAUGUUGGAAUCGCUUAUAGCUGAUAAAAGUGGUGGGAAACGCACUCUGCGUAAGGAUAUUGAUGGCACAUGUUUAAUGCAAAUUGAUACUUUCCACAAGACAUCAUUUUACUGGAGUUAUUUGCUUAACUUUAGUGAAACCUUACAAAAAAGCUGCGACCUUUCGCAACUAUGGUAUAGGGAAUUCUAUUUGGAAAUGACGAUGGGGCGUAAAGUCAACAAAUGUAUGGUACGUCACCAGCAUAAUGAGGAAUGUAAAGAUUUAAUUACUAUGGAAAAACGCAUACAAUUUCCAAUUGAAAUGUCUAUGCCUUGGAUAUUAACAGAUCAUAUUUUGCAAACAAAGGAACCCUCUAUGAUGGAAUUUGUUUUAUAUCCUUUGGAUUUGUACAACGAUUCGGCUCAUUAUGCUUUGACAGUAUUUCGUAAGCAGUUCUUGUAUGAUGAAGUGGAAGCAGAAGUAAAUUUAUGUUUUGAUCAAUUUGUUUACAAUUUAAGUGAACAGAUAUUUGCGCACUAUAAGCAAUUAGCGGGAAGCAUAUUUUUGGAUAAACGUUUCCGUUUGGAAUGUGAAGUACUUGGUUUUAAUUUUCAGUCUUAUCCUCGCAAUAAUCGCUAUGAAACACUUUUGAAGCAACGUCAUGUGCAACUGCUGGGUCGGUCUAUUGAUUUAAAUAAACUUAUAACACAACGAAUCAAUGUAAAUAUGCACAAGAGUAUUGAAUUGGCCAUAAGUCGAUUUGAAGCAAAUGAUAUUACUGGAAUUGUGGAACUUGAGGGUUUGUUAGAAGCCAAUCGAAUUUGUCACAAGCUUCUAAGCAAAUAUUUAGCUUUGGAUAAUUUUGAUGCAAUGGCUAAAGAGGCAAAUCACAACGUUUUAGCACCAUAUGGACGCAUUACUUUACAUGUUUUUGUGGAAUUGAAUUAUGAUUUUUUGGUUAGUUAUUGCUACAAUGCAGCAACAAAUCGUUUUGUACGCAGCAAAGUCAAUUUAUCAUCCACUCAACCAAUACAUCGCGACAAGCCAGCGCAAAUGUCUCAUUACUACCUAUGGGGUUCAAAGCAAUUGAAUGCUGCUUAUUCAACACAGUAUGGACAAUAUACAGGCUUUGUUGGUGCACCGCAUUUUCAUGCUAUGUGCCGUUUGCUUGGAUAUCAAGGCAUAGCAGUGGUAAUGGAUGUAAUCCUAAAAGAUAUCGUUAAACCUUUAAUACAAGGUUGUCUAUUGCAAUUUACAAAAACUCUUAUGAGUGCUAUGCCCAAAUCUUGCAAACUACCACGUUGCGAAUAUGGCUCACCAGGUGUGCUUAGUUAUUACCAAGCACAUUUAACUGAUAUUGUGCAAUAUCCUGAUACAAAAACGGAGUUAUUCCAAUCAUUUCGAGAAUUUGGAAAUUGUAUUAUAUUCUGUUUACUAAUCGAACAAGCUUUAUCACAGGAAGAAGUGUGUGAUUUAUUACACGCAGCGCUAUUUCAAAAUAUAUUUCCAAGACCAUUUUGUAAAGAAAACGAGAAACCAGAAGCCAAACAAAAACGUCUCGAAGCUCAAUUUGCGAACUUACAGAUAGUGUCAAAUGUGGAGAAGAUAGGCACUGCUAAGCAAGCCAUGAUUGCACGUGAAGGUGAUCUACUAACACGAGAACGCCUUUGUUGUGGUUUAAGCAUUUUCGAAGUUAUAUUAAAUCGCAUCAAAGGUUAUUUAGAUGAUCCAGUCUGGUGUGGUCCUCCGCCAGCCAAUGGAAUUAUACAUGUUGAUGAAUGUUCAGAAUUUCAUAGACUUUGGUCAGCCUUACAGUUUGUUUAUUGUAUACCGGUGCGUGGUACAGAAUAUACCAUUGAAGAACUCUUUGGUGAAGGUCUUAAUUGGGCCGGUUGCGCUAUGAUUGUACUGCUCGGCCAACAACGACGCUUUGAGGCUUUAGAUUUCUGUUAUCAUAUAUUACGCGUGCAACGAGUUGAUGGAAAAGAUGAGGAUGUGAAAGGAAUCAAACUGAAACGUAUGGUGGAUCGCAUACGUCGUUUUCAAGUAUUAAAUUCACAAAUUUUUGCUAUUCUAAAUAAAUAUCUGAAAAGUGGCGAUGGUGAAGGAUCAAAUGUUGAACAUGUACGUUGCUUCCCACCACCACAACAUCCUUCGGUUAUUUCUUCACAUUAUCAAGACCCUAACAAGUUGAGACAAAGUUUAAAUAACUAAGUAUGAGUAUUUAAAUAUAUAUGCAAAAUUAGAAAACUGCGCUUUUAAGUGUAAGUUUUAUGAUUAAGUAGUUCUCUUAGCCACUUAGAUUUUAUAUACAUACUAAGUUAAAUUAAGUGUUGCUUCUCUUUUAAGCAACAAACUAAAAAAACUAUUAGUAAAAUUUUUACUAUGAUUCUCUCGUAUAUCACAGAUUGUUAUUAAUAAUAU